AUGGACUUGAGCAGACCACUCCUGGAGGUUGGUGAUGCACUCGAGCGCAGACACUCCGAAGCUUCAAUAUCUCCCGCGAACCCAAUGUCGGACUCUGGUGUCGAUUUCCCACAUCCUCAUUAUGCCAUGAUCUAUUUGGAUCACAAUGGCGAGCUGCGUGUCAAGGCUUCAGCUUCAAUGGCUGGCUGUGGUGGUGCGAUCUUCACACCGGAGGUGACGGACAAUUUCGUGAAACUGGCCAACCCAAGCCCAGUGACCAGUGCUUUACCGUCCAUGAAUGCCAGUCCUAGUCAACUAUUCGAAGGCUCGCCUUUCACAACCCGUUCGAGCCCUGGCUUGAUGCGUACGGGACCAACAGGACUUGCGGAGAUGAUACCCUGCCAGUUCUUGGAUCAGAAUAAGAGGAGGAGACGCGACUCAAGACGAACCAGCAAUGCUCAGCCUCAAUACAAACCGGCCUCUCCUACACCAGCUCCGCGACCUGGUCACACGGUCCUGCGAGUUGGGGAUCGUGAUCUACUUCGACGAUACUACGAGAAGGCCUUUGAAGAUUUCCAGCAAUUGAAUUGUCGAACGAUCGCCAAGUCUUAUAUUAAGCUUGUGGAACCUAGAAAGCAGGUUCACUUUCCAUACAAUGGGCGGAAGGUCAUUGCGGGCGUAGCACAACGUGUGGACCCGGAACAGACCAAGCCAGCGUGGUGGCCUCUGGGAGUUCUUCAUCGAGAACCAGACCAUCUGCUCAAGAGAGACCGCUUGAAACUUCUUGUGCACAUUCUGUGUGAAUUAAAGGACAGCCACGGCAUCACGGCCCAGAAGCUGCGAGAAGCUGGUCAGGAUGUUCGACGUCAGAUCACUCCUACGAAUCGCGUUCAGGUACUAGAUGAGAUAUACUUUGUGCGAGAAUUGGAGGAACGCUUCCUGGAUGGAGACCUCGACGCAAACGCUCGCAUACAAGUUCGACACACCCAUCUUCCCGAGGCAAUUUGCCACGAAGACGACCUAUCCUCAAGUAUCUAUAUCGCGCCCCUCUCUUUGAUGGAAGAUGAACAAGAGGACCAAGAUGAGGACAGCUAUGGAGUUGAGUCUCAUGGCAUGCCUCUCGAUGACAAUGCGGCAAUGGGCCCUGUCGCUGCACAUGGGUUACACCCCAACCCACACGGGCUGCCUCUCUCUCCUACAACAAGUGACUCCAGCGGUCCUCAUAGCCCUGGUACAUACGGAGCGUAUACCACCGCCAUGCCCUCCGGUGUACUGGCAACACAGCCGUCCCCUGCGACUAUCAAAGACAUCCCCAUUGAGUCAACCUACCUAGCCCCAUGCUAUGGGCAACAAUUCAUGCCCAGUGUGAAGGCAUCAGCGGGUUACUGGCCGACCAUGGCACAAAUGCCACAGAAUUCAUCAUUUGGUUACUAA